AUGUCUAUAAUUUCGAAAAAUAAGAUUGUAAUCCUCUCGGCGGGCAUCCGCGAUCUGCGGCGCAUCGAGGACCUCUUUGAAGCCAAAGAAACCUGGCACAUUGGGAAUAAGAGAACUCCGCCAUUGGGGGCUUUAUUCCAUGAGCAGCUGACGCAUCGGCUUCUGGUCUUUGACUCCGAGGACACCACUUUCCUACUGGCCUACGCGGAGUUCAGUAACCAUCCACCCAUACCGGUACUGUGCAACGAUCUCUGGCUCCAUUGGUUGGAUGCCCGCUUCUGCCUAGAUCUGCCCAUUACCCUGGUCAACACGAUGUUCCUCCAAUUCUUCCUAAGCAGGAAUGAGUUUCCAGACAUGUUCAAGCAGGUGGUUCAGGAGGUCUUUUACGCUGAGCACAAGCUCAACUUCAUGCUGGUGGUGAGGCCUCCAGAUCAGAAGGAUGAAGAGUACGAGCCGGCCGUGAUAUUGGGCACAACAUACUAUCCCAAGUCCUCCCAGAUUUCGGAGCAGAUACAUCAGCCGUCGGUCAUUGUUAUCCGUCGGAAGGACAUAAUGCCGGUGAUAUCUUUUCGAAAGGCACUACCCGAGGACAAUGAUGACAUCGUUGAGAUGAUUGAUUCUGAGGAUCCGCAUCUGCGAAAGGCCCACGGGGACUAUUAUAUUGCAGAGCAACUGCUGAAUGUAGACGGAUCGACAGAUAAUGACAAAAUCAUUAUAGCCGAGUUUGAGGAGGAAAUAGAGGAUAAUGUUAAGGGAGCGGGACUAAUGUGGCUUUCGGACUCGAUCGAUGUGGCAGACCUGGCCAGAAACUUCCAUCUGAACCGUUUGGGAAACCUGGCCAGAUAUUCCCCAGGACACCAUCACGGUCAUGUUCAGUUUGAUGUAUUUUCAGUAGAGAAUAAGCCGUACAAGCAGCUAUAUGCUCCAUCAAAAAUGGAGCAAAUGCUUAUUGAGUACGCACCGUCGCAGAUUCGAAAGGAUACUUUGACCCCUCCGGAGUUACGAGUAGAACCAACCAAAAAAUUAGUCCUUUCCAAAUUUAAGCACAUUUACGAAGAACUUCGCCUUGGAAGAUACUACGUAAAUGCUAUUAGGGACAAAUUGGAGAUCGCUUUUGAUAUGUCUACCAAUGAGAUGUUGAAGCCUGAAAAUCUAAAAGCUCUCCUGAAAAAGGCCUCCAACGGAUUUCUUCUCAAGAUGUUCCAGCUGCAUCCACUGGUCCGCUCCGAAUAUACAUUCUUCAGUCUGUCCGCCAUGUUCAGUGCCUUUCCGGAGCACGAUUAUUGCGUGACGAAGGUGCCCACCACUACCACCAUGAGUCCCUGUCAGCGCGAGUUGCUGCGUUUCUUUUUGCCUGUGCCCUAUCGUCCCAAUAGCUCCGUCAGCGACAACCUAUUUGUGGCCCAUCGCAGCACUUUGUUUGGAGAUCUGAGCGUUUACCGCGUGGAGAAGCAAGACGUCGAUGACAUCAAAAUAAUUGUCACAGCUCAUUACCGCAGAAGGGAAACUAUCGCGGUCGAGGAGGAACAGGAAGAAUCCGAUCCAUAUAUCGAAGAAGUCCUUGAUACGGUCGAGUUAAUGCUCAAUGAUAUUUUCGACAAUCCCCGAAGCAAUCUGAGCUGUUUUGUGAUACGCUGUGGCACCUCCAAGAACAUAUCCGAGUGUUCCGUUGUGGGUUUCAUAUUUUUAAAGCCAUUUUUUUUCUACGAUGACUUGACCAAGUUCUUCAUGCUGCCACACGAUCAGUUCCAUCUGACCCACAACCGCGGCGAGGUCUUGAUGUUCAAGCUGCAUCCAUUUUUCCAGAUGUGGGCCGAUCCUAUAUUCCGCACUGUGGCCUUGCACGAGAACUAUAUGGAACUUUUCCAUUUUAAUCACUUUCGGGGAACAACGCUGCCAAACGAUCUGACCAGCUAUAUGAUGCCCGUGGAGCCGCGUCGCAUGAAGAAGAACCUCUUCGAUAAGUAUCAUUUCAAUUUGCCUAGACAUCCAUUGCAGCAGUCGAACACGGAAGGAUGCUCCAGUCGCGUCAGAGUCUUCUGUCACAAUCUAAAGCUAACAAAGUAUCUGGGAUUUAAGGGGUCUGUGGUGAUUGUGGGCUUUUCGGAGACUUGUCGAAGCUUUCUGCGCAUUUUAAUCUUUUCCUGGAACUCAAAAGAUUUGCACAACUUCAUGAGAUACAACUGCAUUCCCAGUGCGGACAUUACGGUGGUGGUGCCACACGGAGUGGUGGAGGCGGCCUACGACUGUGACUUCACUUGCCAGUACUGUGGCGGACAUAGGUACUGCUACGUAAACACCGGCAACCUGAAUCCCUUUGUCAGGGACUCGAUGCAGCGCAUGGAUCUGAGGCAGUGGGUGCGAUUCGUUCCAGGGGUCGUCGAGCGCAUUGAUAGGGAGAACAAUAUUUUGCAGUUAGAGAGUGGCUGCAAAAUUCACUAUGAAAAGCUCGUGCUGAUGGAUGCCCACAGGUACGGGUUCGUGGACAUGGAGUACCCGGACAACAUUCCUCCGCUUAACUAUGUGGUUAGCCACCACCGGCUGGACAGGAUCAUCUUCUAUCACAAGCUUCAGGAAGUGGUCACGACCUUGGAAUCGUACAGCAUCAUUGUCUACGGCUACGGCUUGUGCGUCUACGAGGCCAUACACUUUAUGAUCACACACGGCUGCUCAGCCGAGAACAUCACCUAUGUGCAGCCCAGUAUUGUGCAGGGCCCUGAGGUGCUGAUGAAUGCCGAGACGGACUCACGACUGGACCCGAUCUUACUCGAUAUGAUAGCGGAUAUGGGGGUCACGUUAUAUGUGUCAACUAACUAUAGCAAGCUUAUCUUGGAUGUCACCAGGACCUCCAUCGAGAAGGUGGAGUUUAUUGGAAUACCGAGCCGGACAAAGUUUACUCUAAAUUGUGAUCUGUUUGUGAACUUUAAUAGAAUGGUUUUGAGUUCAGAGAUGGAAAAGAUCCUAAAUGAGUGCGAUAUUAAGAUGGAAAAUCGGAGGAUCUUAGUCAAUGCACACUAUUGCACCAACGAUCCAAACAUCUAUGCCGGUGGCCGGUACGCGAAAAUCGAUCCGACUCCCAAUUUCCAGUACGACCAUAUCUCCGCCCAAGAAAGAGCCGAAAAGUUGGCCUACGAAUUAAAUGUAGUGAAGGGUCCGAUGCAGUCCAGGUACUCCAAGCCUCACAUGUUCACGGGAGUGCUCCCCAUGAAUUACCAGAUCCUCAAAGUCAUCCAGCCCAGGCCCCUGUUGGUGGGUCAGCUAACGGCGGACUAUGCCGAGAGCAUGACAACCUUUGAGGAUGGCGAUUUCUGCCGGGUUCGGAUCAACAGCCAGCUGGUGGUCAUCGAGAUUGUCUGCGUCACCAAAAAGGAGAAACGAUUGUACUUUCUGGAGUACUUUUGCGGCAAGCAUGUCCUGCUGCUGAACGACUUGCGCAACCGAUACCAUGCCGGUUGGAUCACCAACUUUCUGGAUUUCUUUCAACGCCCUUGGACGGAGCUCAUCCUGCACGACAGAUUCGAUGAGCUGCAGCUCAAAAAUCGGCGGGUCCUGCUAUCCAUGCUGCUGAUGAACACAAGCGAGUCUAUGGUUACCACCCACCAGCUGAGAGGAAGUAUGGAGAACAUUCAAAGGCAGAGGCUGGAGGAGAAUGUGAUCGAGUUUGUUCGAACCUAUCGAAGGGACUUCAUUCACGCCUUUGCCCUGCCAGAGGAUUGGGGAGUUUUUAGUCUAUGAUUCUGUUCUGGCCUUUAUAUUUUCAUAGGUCCUCGUUGUUCUCUCUAGGAUGUUUGCCUUUGAGAAAUAAAACCCGGAUUAAAUUUUUA